AUGGAGGGCGAAGACGAGCUCACCGUCGGAGGGGGCGUGCCCAUCCGGCCGCCGCGGCUGGAGGACGCGGGGCUCGAGGACUGCGCGCUCCCGCCGGAGUCCAUCGCCGAGGCCUUCUCCCUCGCCUCCGCGGCCGUCGCCUCCCGCCUCGCCCGCCUGCCCUUCUCCGAAGACUCCGACGACGACGAGGGCCGCGUCUCGGCACCACGCGGAGGAGGCUGCGUGGAUGACGCCGGACCUCACCGCGGGGCCGCCCCCGACGCCCUUGUCGGCGGCGGUGUCGCGGGCGACGGCGGCGUCGACGAAGUCGUGGUCGUCAGCGCAGGGCGCGGAGGCGGAUACGAGGACGCGGUGGUGGUCGGUGGGCGCGGAGAAGAGGAGGAUGCAGUCGUGGUGGUCGGGGAGCGGCGCGGGGAGAAGAAGCUGGGUAAGGAGGAUGGAUGCGUCGAGGGGGUCCGAGAAGGGGUCAGUGAACCCAGACGGGCGCAAGGCGGUGAAGAGGGCGAGGAGGCGGCAGAGAAGGCGAUCUUGGUGCCGGAUUUCGACUGA